AUGGUUACCUUCUGGCUAACCACCAUAGCAACCGCUGACGAGCAAAAGCAGGAGGGUUUGCCUAAGGAGCCAACCACCCCGAUAAAGAGCGAGGAUUUGGCUACAAAACCUUUCGCAAAGGCCAAGAAGGAGAGCUCGGGUGUGAUGCCAGAAAGCACGAUGAAGACCAGUGAUUCGGCUAUCAAAGAUGGUCCGCUUCCCAAGAAAGAAAGCUCGACUGUGAAACCGUCUGCAGAAUCGAAGAAGGAAGGAUCUGUCACCAAACCAUCGACGGGACAAAGCAUACUCACCACGAGUGCUUCGGGUGUGAUGCCAGAAAGCACGAUGAAGAGCAGUGAUUCGGCUAUCAAAGAUGUUUCAGAACCCAAGAAGGAAAGUUCAAAUGUGAAACCCCCUGCGAAGGGAGAGAGCACUGUCGUCACGCCGACCACAGCCAAGAACCUGAUCAGUGGUUCCUACCAUGGUUCCCUUCUGGUAACCACAAUAGCACCCGCUGACCAACAAAAGCAGGAGGGUUUGCCGAAGGAGCCAACCACCCCGAUAAAGAGCGAGGAUUUGGCUACAAGAGCUUCCGCAGAAGCCAAGAAGGAACCAGCCACCCCAGCGAAGAGCGAGGAUUUGGCUACAAAACCUUUCGCAAAAGCCAAGAAAGAGAGCUCGGGUGUGAUGCCAGAAAGCACGAUGAAGACCAGUGAUUCGGCUAUCAAAGAUGUUACAGAACCAAAGAAAGCGUCGACAGAAUCACAAAAGAAGAGCGCAGCUGUCACGACGAUCACAGAAGAAGAAAAGCACGUGAAGAAGGAAAGUUCUAUACAAAAUGAAAAAAUGGAAGCCCCACCCACAUUACCUUCUACUGAACCAAAGAAUGAACAGUCGAUUACGAAGUCUACAGAACAAAAAAGCAAGGAUUCACUUACGAAACCACCCGCUAAAGAGAAGCAACCACAAGAAAACUUACUUAUGAAUUCUCUUACCCCGCCAAAGGAGGUGAGGGCAGCUGCAGGAGGACUCUCGAAACCUGAAGAAACAGCAACGAUGGACCCGACUGCAAGUGGGCCGACCCAAGGGGGAAAGAAAACAACUGUCACAAAGUUUACCGAGGUAAAGAAGGAGAAAUCGACAACGAGGUGUUCUGUGCUGGAUGAUCUUGACGUUGAAACUGGGAGGGCAGGCUCGAGUAGAGGGACCCCUGUGCGUAGAACGACAGAGGAACGUAUUGUAACCACGGUUCAUAAGAAGGAGAAACGCGUUACUACCCCAAUACGAGCAAAGGGGGCCGAUUCCCAGACUCAUGUCGAACUCGAAGUGGUGAAACACAACAAGAGGACAUUCACUACUACUGACGAACUGGAUGUGAAGACGGCGAUAGAGGAGCAACAACCGAAGUCUGCUGGAGGAGUACAAACCAAGUGA